AUGAUGGAAAAAAAAAUAAAUGAAAGUAUAUGCUCAUCUGUUGGAAGUAGCAUAUUAUAUGAUAUGCUAUCAUGUGGAAAUGAAAAAAGUAAAAAGACGUUAGAUGAAAUAAAAGAAUUAAAAAAUAAAAAUAAAAAAAUUAUGAAAAAUGAGAUAAAAGAAUAUGAAAUAGUUAAUAAAUUAAUAAAUGAAAGAAUAGAAACAAUGCCAAAUAUAUUAUAUAGUUUUAAUGAUUCUGUAAAAAAUAUUUUUAAUUUUAGUCAGAACAAUUUAUCAUUUUCUAAUAUAUAUGAUAAUGAAAGUUGUAAAAACGAUUUCAUAGAAUCUUCUGAAGGAGAUAGAACCACAUCUAUUCUAAAUUAUAAUAAUAAUAAUAUUGAAAAUUAUGAUUUAAACUCAAAAAAUAAUAAUAAAAAAAUAAUAAUAAAUAAUAGUUGUUUAUUAAGUGAUGAUAAAGAAGAUUGGGAAGGUAAGAAUACCAGUUUGUUUGCUGAAUUCGAAAGAAAACACAAUAAAUAUAAUGACCAUGACGAAAAGAUGAAGAAUAUAGAUCUUGAUAAUAUGUGUAACAUAAAUAAUUCUAUUAUAAAUAUAUCAGAAUUAAAAAAUAAAAUUGAAAAGGAAAAAUUGCCAUUUUCUUUUGAUAAUAAAUAUAAUAUAAAAUCUGAAACAUCAAAUAUGAGUUCCGAAAAUUUAAUUUCUGUAUCAAAAAGUGAUAGAAAUGGGCUAGAGCAAAGCGAGAAACGUGCAAGUGAAAUAGCCAGCGGUGCAAACAAUGUCAACGGUGUAAACGGUGCAAAUGAUGCAAACAAUGUAAAUGGUGUAAACGGUGUAAACGGUGUAAACGGUGUAAACGGUGCAAAUGGUGUAAACGAGUCUACGUGUUCAUUUUUUGAAAAUACGCAAAAUGCACUACUAAGUGAUGUAAAAAGAGACAAAAGCAAUUUGAAUAAAUCUAAUGAGCAAAACAAAUUCUCUUUUUGCAGUGACACAAAUAAUAAUAAUAUAAUAGGAUAUGAUGGAAGAAUAUAUUCUCAGUAUUUUGCUAAAUGUGAAGAUGAGCAAAGCGAAGAAAAUGGGCAAGCAAUAGCAAAAACAGACAAUAUAUCUACUAAUAUAAUGAAUGAAAAUGUAGUAAAAUUUAAUAACAUAUCAAAUAAAAAUUUAGAAAAUAAAAAUUUAGAAAAUGAAAAUUAUACAAUAGUAGAUAGAUGUUCAUAUAUCACACAAAAAUUAAAUAAUCCCAAAAAGAUUGUUUUAAAUAUUUCAAAAUUAUACAUUGGAAAUGAUGAAAAUAGUGUGGAAAAUUUACAUUUUUGGGAUGAAAAAAUAAAAAAUUAUAAAAAAGUGUAUGCAUGCUUUUCCAUUCCCAUUGGGUACGAAAAUGGGGCGAUUGAGGAAAAGGGAAACCGGGGCUUCAGCUUAACUUCUGACGUUUUCAGAGAAAAAAAUGAAAAAGGUGAAAAAGGUGAAAAUGGAAAAAAAACUGAACAUUUUGAAAUUUCUGAACAUUUUGAACAAGCUAAAUAUAGACAUUUUAGCGAAAUUCAUAAAAAUAAAAAAUGUAUAAAAAAAGGAAACAUAAUUUAUCAUAGUUUUUAUAUUGAAAGUAAAAAGAUAAAUAAAGGUUGUAUAGAUUUUUUUUAUGAAAUAUAUUUCAACGUUGAUAAAGAAAUUUUGAAAAACAUAGAGUAUGGUUCCGUUUUGGUUUGUGGUAACACAUACGAAUCGAUGUUAAGUGAAAAAAAUAAAAAUGUAAAUUUAUUUGAAUAUCCAUUUUUUUUACCAAAUAAUUGUGAAAUUCUAGGUUUUUCUAAAAUACCAGUGACACAUAUUUUGAAUUCAAAAAUCAGGAUUAAAGAGAUGAGGGUGGAUAAUUCCGAUUUCGAAAAUGUUAAUAAAAAAUACGUCUUUUUAUUUUACACAUAUUUAAGCAUGUUUGAAAUAGAAAAUGGCACAAGAAAUGGCGCAAAAACUGGCGCAAAAACUGGCACAAAAAAUGGCAUAAAAAAUCAUGCACAAAAUGAUGCACAAAAUGAUAUGCAAAAUAAUUUGGACAGUUUCAUUUUUGAAAAAAACGAAAACAAAGACGCUUUUGCCAACGAUGCAAAUAAAGAAUGUUCUAAAUCAGAUAAUGAUAAGAAUGCAAAUGAUAAGAAUGCAAAUGAUAAGAAUGCAAAUGAUAAGAAUGCAAAUGAUAAGAAUGCAAAUGAUAAUAAAUUAAACAUCUCAAACAUAAAUAAUAAAUAUGAGGAAACAAAUAAGCAAUCAGGAAAAUGUAGCAACAGCUUCUCAAAUUUAAUAAAAGAAAAGGAAAAGGAAAGUUAUAAUAUAAUCGAAAAAAAAGAAAUGAAUGUAGAUAAUGAUGUGAAGGAAGAUGAAGAGAUAUUAUACAUAUAUAUCGAUAAGAUUAUAAAUUUGUCUAAUUGCUCAUAUGGUAAUAUCUCUAUUUGUAUUCGUUUAUAUAAAGAUGAAAAAUAUUUUUAUAAAAAUUUUAGUAUAGAUACUGAAAAAAAAAUGUGUAUAUUAUUAUUUUCAAAAAGAAAACUUAUGAAUAUUUCUCAAAUUAUUUUUGAAAUAUGGAAUAAUUUAUCAAAUAAAGAAAAAAAUAUUUUAGAACCCGAAGAGAUCGAAGGGGAAUGUUUAGGAAUCAUUAAAGCAGAUGUUACAGAUUUAAAAAAUAAUAAAAAUAUAAAAUAUAUCGAAAAAAAUAUCGAGCUUAGUUACACAUUUUAUAAUGAUGAUAUAAAUUUUUUGUUUAGAAUACUUAUGGUUAAGGGAUUAGAAAAUAUGUAUCAAAAUGUUAUGAAUUUUUGUAUAAAUUAUUUUAAAAAUAAUUAUAUAAAUGUAGAUAAUGAUAAAACGAAUAAUUUGAUUCAACCAAAACCACAAGAGUAUCCAACCCCCCAAGAGUAUCCAACCCCCCAAGAGUAUCCAACCCCCCAAGAGUAUCCAACCCCCCAAGAGUAUCCAACCCCCCAAGAGUAUCCAACCCCCCAAGAGUAUCCAUUUUGCAUGAAUAAAGAUUCCGAAAAUUUGGAAAAAAUAAACAAUGUAAACAAUAUAGAUAAUGUAAACAAUUUUGAUAUUUAUGAAAUAUAUAGAGAAAUUCUUAAAAAGGAUAUACGAGCGAAUAACAUAAUUGACAACAUUUUAAACAAAAAUAAAGCUUUAGUAAAUAAAAAAAAAGAAUCUGAAUUUGGUUUUCCUUUGAAUGAUAAUGGAAAAAUAGAUGGCACAUCGGCUGAUAGUAAAGAUAUAGACUAUUUUUCUAAUUUAAAAAAUGAAAAAAUGGUAAUUGAUAAGGAUGGAAAUGGACAAAAUAUAUAUAUAAAUAAAAUAUGUCUUAAAAAUGAACUUUAUCUUUUUGGAAUGAGCGAAGAAAUUGUUAAUAUGAUAAUGGAAGAUAUAGAAAAUAAUAAUUAUUUUAUUAAUGAAAAUGAUUCAAAAUAUAUAUUAAAAAAUAAUUUUGAUGAAUAUAUAUAUAAAAUACAUAAUAAAUGGGAAAAAUUAUCAAAUAAAUUAUUUUUAAAAAAUAAUAAAAAUAUGAUGUUAAAUGAUGUGUGUGAAUAUUUAGACAGUUUGUAUAUUGGUGAUGAUAAUUAUUUAUCUAAAGAAGAUUUUUUUUUAUUUUUUGAACAAGUUGGUAUAACUUUUGUAGACAUGUUGAUAUUUGAAGAAUUAUGUUUAUUUUUUUUUGAUAAAAAAAAAAAAAAAAUAAAUUUUUCUCUUUUUUCUUUAUUAAUUAUAAAAAAGGGAAUAAUUGAAACCAAAAAUUUAUUAUAUGGUUAUAAUACAUUAGUUAAUUUUUUUGAUUUUUUAAAAAUUAAUAAUAUAACUAUAGAAUAUUUAGAAAAUGAAAUAUUUAAAACAAUGUUACAAAAUAAUUAUUAUUCUGAACGAAUCAGAAAAUAUGUGUUAACAAAAAUUAUGACUAUAUCACCUAAUAUUGAAAAUAAAAAUUCAAAUGAAAUCUUAUCAAUAUUUUUAAAAAAUAAUGAUAAUAUAUGUUCAUGUACAUCUUUACGUUUUUUACAUUCUAUUCAAUUUAUUUUAAAUAAAUAUAAUAAUCAAAAUUUUUCAUCAUUUGAAUUAUUUUUUCUUGUUAAAUAUAUUAUACACAAUCAAUAUAAAUAUAUAUUACCUGAUAUGCAUGUAUUUAUAAAUGAAAUAAAAGGCAUUGAAAAGGUAAAUAUUACAUUUUUCCUGUGUCUUUAUUAUAUAUAUACAUAUCAAAGUAUAGAUGUAGAACCCGAAUCUUUAACUGAGUCUCCUAGAUGUCAUCAUAAUAAUUAUCAUCAUCAAAAUGGAAAUUAUAUAUCUGACUCAGAAAUAAACAAACAGAUUGAUUUUUGGAAACAAGAACGGAUUUUGUUUCCCGGCAAGGAGAGCACUCCAGAUGCUGAUCGUGCAAAUGAAACUGAAAAUGGAAACAAUUUAGGAAACAAUUUAGGAAACAAUUUAGAAAAUACAAGUCAGCAUGCGGCCUUGACCAUGUCGAUGUUAGAAAGCAAACAAAGCGAUUAUAAAAGAGAUAGAGAAUAUUGUUCUAUUUUAAAUAAAAAUGAUUUACAUUGCAAACUGAUAGAUGACUCACCAAAAAGGGAGUUGAAAAAAGAAAAGGGAAAAGAUUCUGAAAAAAUGUGCAGAAUACAUAACAUUGGAUUUGUAAGCAGUGGUGGCGAGUAUAACACUAAAGAUGUAGAUGCAGAUCAGAAGUGGAAAGAUGUAGAUGCAGAUCAGAAGUGGAAAGAUGUAGAUGCAACUCAGAAGUGGAAAGAUGUAGAUGCAACUCAGAAGUGGAAAGAUGCAGAUGCAUAUCAGAAGUGGACAGAUGCUGACGAAGAAUCAAAUAUAAUGCAAGUCUAUAAAGGAGAGUUUGUUAGAACCACAAAAAAUAUCACUACUCAAAAUGUAACUUCCCAAAGUGUAAUCGAAAAAAUGGGCAAUAGAAAAGACAUAAAAAAUGGGAAAAAAAAUUGUUUGGUAAUUUUAUAUAGUAGAAUAGUGAGUGAAAUUAUUAGUGUUGAAUAUGUGGCAAAAUGUUUGCAAAUUUAUUAUGAACAAAGCAAUAAAAAUGAAAUAAAAAAAAAUUUUGAUAUAUUGCAUCUACUAGAUAAACUUGGAAUAUAUACAUCAAUAGAUAUUGGAAUAAAUUUAUUAAAAUGGUAUGAAGACGAAAUUCAUAUUUUUGAAAAUAAAAACAAUUUUUUUAAUAGAUUUAAAAAAAUAAAUAAUUCAGUUUCAAUAAAAGAUUAUAGUAUGAACAAACAUAUAAACAUUAUAAAUAAAAUAAUAAUUAAAUAUUCUGAAAAUCAUAAUAUUGUAGGAAAUAUAUUAUCAGGAUCAGUAUUGGAAAAUUUUUUUAAUGUUUUAAAAGAAAAAAAUAUAAAUAUCCAAAUUUUUUCAAAAAAUCCGAUUUUUUCUUAUACAGAUUUUUAUAAACAAAUAAAAAAGUUAAAUUUAGAUUUCUCUAAAAAUUAUAUACCUCUAUUAUUUUGCAAUUUAUUGUCAUAUGAUCUGUCUACAUUUUAUAGUAUUCAUAAUAAACUUAUUUUUUUUGAUUCUAUACAACAUAAAUGGAAUUAUUGGAAUAAAAUUAAUUUUGAAUUUUCCUAUGUCAUUGAUAAUAAUUUAUUUGAUAAAUUAAAUUGUGAUACAAAAAAUAAUUUUGAUGGAAUUCUUCAAAAUGUGAAACACAAACGAAAGGAAUUAAUCAUGCAUUGUGAAGAGGAAAAGGAAGAAGAAAUGGAAAAAGAAAUGGAAAAAGAAAUGGUGGAAGAAAUGGUGGAAGAAAGAGAGAAAGAUUGUCAUAUUUAUUUUUAUAAAAAUCAGAAAAAACGGUCUACAAGUGUUGUAAAAAAAAUUAUAAAAUAUGAUUAUUUUUUUCUUCCUUUAUAUAGUAUUUUCUUUUAUUUUUCGAAUGAUACAUAUUUAUUUGGAGAAGAAUUAAUAAAAAUAUUUUUUUUGAAAAUUUUUCAAUUUGAUAUUAGAUACAUAAAUAUAAAUGAAUACAGAAAUAAAUAUUACACAUUUUAUGAAUUUUUAGAACUCUUAAAAGAAGCAAAUUUAUUAUCUAAUUAUCAUCAAAAUGAUGAUAUUUUUUUUAGAACCGAUUUUUUAAAACUUAUUAUUUUAGUGAAUCGUAUGUGUUCAAAUAAAAAGAAAAAAAAUUUAAUAAAAAAUGUUAAGACAGAUUAUGAAUCAAAAGAAAAUGAUAUAAAUUUUGAUGAAAUAAUAGAAAAAAAUAUAAAUAAAUUUUCUUCAAAUUUUAAAAAAAGUUUAAAUGCGAUAAAAAAAAAUAUAUAUAAAUUAAAAAAAGAUUUUCCUGAUAAUUCUACAUCUUUAUUUGAUGCAUACAAUGAAAUAUUUGAUACAUGCCGAGCAAUUAAAACAAAUACAAAUUAUAAAAAUGAAGAUAGUGAUUCUAGUAUCAUUUUAACGAAUAAUAAACAAGAUAUUUUAGAAAAUAGAAAUAAAUUAUUGUUAAAUUAUUUUAUAAAAAGCAAAUAUAUAAUUAAACAUAUUAGAGAAUAUUUUUAUUUAUUUGUUUUGUGUGAUAAAAUAAUGAGUUAUAAUAAAAUGGGAAAUAAAAAUUUAAUAAAACUUUCUUUUAACAAUUCUGAUUUUUUAUUUUAUCAAAAAAAGUUGAAAUCGUAUCAGUUAGAAAAAAUGAAAACUAAAAUGUAUCCAAAAACAAUGAAACAAAUAAAUAAAUUGGAUAAUAAAAAAAUGGAAAAUUAUAAAAAUUAUGAGAAUCGUUAUAGCAAUAUAAAAAUAACUGACUUUCCAUUUUUAUAUGAAGAAAUUUUUAUAUGUCAUAAAGAAAAACAAUUUGAAAAAAAAGAAUAUGCAUAUAUGGUAUAUCCAUAUAUAUUACUAUUUUGUGAUUUUUUAAAAAGAAUUAUAAGUAUAUAUAAAAAAAAAAAUGUGUAUUCAAAUUAUAUACGUAAGUUAUUCCAUUUUAAUAAUUAUGACAAGCCAAAUAAAAAAUUUUAUUUUAUGCAUAAUGUCGAAAAUAUUAUGACCAGGUCAGGUAGUUUUGAUUUAAAAGAAUGGAAUAAAAUUUAUACUAUAUUUGAAAUGUUAGACAUAAAAAUUGAUGAAUUUUUUUUAAAUUUGUCCAAAAUAUUAGAACAAAACAAAUAUAUAAUUACACUUUUCAAUGAUAUAGUUAUAUUUAAUUAUUCUGAAAGUACAUUAUUUGAUAUCAUAUCAUUUUGUAGUAAUAAUAAAUCACAUGAUGGAAUAAAUUUGCAUGAACAUGUUAAUAAUGAACUAGCCAUUGAGUUUGAAAAUAAUGAAAAUCAUAUUUCAUUAAAAAAUCAAAAAAAAAAAAAAAAAAUGGAUAUAUUUAUUAAAAAUACAAUGUAUUAUAUGUCUUUUAACAAAUUAAUAUUAAAUGAUUUAGAUAAAAAUGACCAAGAAUAUAUGCAUAGACAUAUUAUCAAGAAUAAAAAUUAUGUAAAUUAUAUGACACACAUGUAUAUAAGAAUGUUAUUUAAUGAAUGUAUAUCAUCUGGGUUAAAUAUAAAUAAAUUAUUUCAAAAUAUAAAAACACGAAAUUCUUUUAUAAAUAUUUUAUCUAAACAUUUUAAUCAUAUAUUUUCAGAAUUUGAUAUAGAUAUAUUUACAAAAAAAUAUUCAUAUGUUUUUGAUAUGACUUCUAUUCAUUUAAGUUUGUAUAAUAAUUUUAUUUUUUACAAAGAUUUCUUAAAAGACAUGUACAAGCAAGGUGAUUAUUACACUAACUAUUUGAAAAAUAAAUUAUUAAAUUUUUUUCUAAAAAAUAAACAUAUUUUUUCCUUGAAAAGAUAUAAAGGUGUAGAAAUAAGAGAAGAAAAUGAAAUUUCUAACAAUGACAAUAUUAUUAAAAUAAGGAAAGAAGAAGAAGAAGAUUAUUUAAUACCUAGUAUUGAUUUAAAAAAUAUAUUAACAUGUCAUGGUAUAUUUUUAUCGUGGGCAGAAUUAUACGAUUUUUUUCAUCCUUUAAAUAAAUAUUGUGUUAUUCACGAAAAUGGAAAAAAAGAGAAGAAUAUAUCAAAUACAGAAAAUUAUAAAGAUAGUAUAGACAAUUUAAGAAAUGAUGAAAAUCUAAAUCCAUAUAUUUUAAAAGCAUAUAUAAAUUUUUCAAACUUGUUAAUAAUUGCUGAAAAAGCAUGUAUACAAAAAAUAAAAAUAGAAGAUUCUUUUCCAUCAAAUUGUAGUAACCAAUUAAUAAACAUAUACAAUGAUACUGAAGAAAAGGUGUUAACUAAUCAAAGUGUUUAUAGUAUAGAUGUAAAAAGGAAAGCUUUAGAAAAGAUAAAAGAUAAUAAUUUUCAAGACAAUGUAUUGGAUGGAGAUAUAUAUGUAGAUGUAGAAAAUGACGAAAAAGAGGUAACCAUUUCAAAUGACGAAAAAGAGGUAAACAUUUCAAAUGACAAAUUGAAUAUAAAAAAGGAAAAUAAAAAAAGGAAAAGCAUCAAAAUAAAAUAUGAUAAAAAAAAUGAAAAUCGAAAUAAAAUGGUAAUGUAUAAAAAAGAAGAUGUUUUAAAAAUCAAAAAAAAAUUUACAUCUAUAGAAUAUAAUAUUAUGAACUCAGAAAAUAAUGGUUAUUAUUAUAAUGUUAGUUUUAAUGUGUUAACUUUAGAAAAAUUAUUAUAUUUAUUAUUUAUAAAAGUUAGUAAUUUGUUAAUAAAAAAAAAUUUAAAAUAUGAACAAAUAUAUUUUGGUAUAAAAAAUAUAAAAGAAAAAGAUAUAAAAAAAAAAGAAAUAAAAAAUGCAUGUUUAUUAUUAUUAAAUUUGAAUGAUGAAGAAUUGGAAAAUGUUAUUCCUGAUGAUUUUAUAAUUUGGGAACAUGAUUUCAAGAAAGGUGUGUAUAUAAAUAUUAAUAUAUUGAAAGAAGAAUAUAAUAAUUUAUUUUCAAAAUUUUACAAAAAAAAAAAUAAAUCGAAAAUCCAUGUUAAUGAAUUUAUUUCAUUUUUUGAAAAAAAAAGCAUAGAUGUUAAAUUUUCGAAUUAUAAUCUUUUUUAUAAUUUUUCUUAUGAAUGGAUAAAUUUUAUGAACAUUAAAAAUGAGUAUAUAAAAAGAGCAGAUUGUGAGGAAUUAAUAAUGCGAUUUGAAAAGGUUGAACAGGUUGAAAAGGUUGAACAGGUUGAAAAGGUUGAACAGGUUGAACAGGUUGAACAGGUUGAAAAAAAAGAAUCAAGCAUUUUGGAUACUGAGUUAGACAGCCCUUCUAUUAUUAGCAAGAUUAAUAAAAAGGUUUCAAAAGAAAAAAUAAUUGAAAAAUUUGAAAAAAAUACAAAAGAAAUAAAAUGGAAAAAAAUAUUAACCCCGAUAUUUGAAGCGAACAUAUUUUAUUCACAUACAUUUAGGAUAAUACUCCGAGAAUUUACAGGAAUCAAUAAAUUUGCAAAAAAUUUUGAUUUUGAGCAUGGCGAUUUGGUAAAUAGUAACGAUAACAUGGGGAAUGAUAACGAAAUAUGUAAUGACCAUUUCAAAUUGUCUUAUUUUUGCUAUUUUGGAAUGAACGAAAUAAUUAUUGACAAUUUAUUUAAUAAAAAUAAUUAUGAAAAAAAAAAUAAUGUUUUUUUUCUCAACUAUUUAUUUAAGCAUACAUUUUCAACAAUUAAUGAAAUGGAUAUAAUAAAUUUGUUCGAAAAAAAUAAAAAUAUAAUAAAAUUAAAAAUGUUAUAUAAAAAUAAAAUUAUAUCUGAAGCAACAUUACAUAUAUUAGAAAUAUUUUCUGUAAUAAAAAAUAAAAAUAAACAUGAAAAUAAAACUGUAUGCUUUAUAUAUAACAAUAAUAAUAAUAAUAAAAAUGACAAAGAUAUUUUAUUUCUAGAUAUAGAUAUAUACUAUCAAAAUAAAAUAAUCAAAUCUUCUUCAGAAUCUGUAAAAUUUGAUACACAUCAUGGAAAAAUUAAAAAAAAAUGUCAAAGCGGCCCAAUUGGUGUUGAAAAGGGAAAGGAAAAUGAAAAUGGAAAGGAAAAUGAAAAGGAAGAUGAAAAUGAAAAGGAAGAUGAAAAGGAAGAUGAAAAUGAAAAGGAAGAUGAAAAUGAAAAUGAAAAGGAAAAGGAAAAGGAAAAGGAAAUAAAUUCAGAUGAAGACAAAACGAAUGGCAUUUUUAAUUAUAGUUGGGAAUAUGUGUUAAUGAAAAAUGGGAAACGUAUCUCACCUUUAAGAAAUGCAAAUUUGGAAAAACACCAAAUUGAAAAAAAUGUGGGAAAUUCGGUAAAAUUAGAAAAAUAUCAAAAUGAUUCAAAAUGUCAAAAUUUUGCAAACAUAUCUAUUACAGAUAUUAUUAUACCAACAAAUUUUAUCAAAUUUGUAAAAAAUAAAUUUUAUGAGGAAAAAAAGGAAGGCGAAAAAAAGGAAGGCGAAAAAAAGGAUGAAGGAAAAAAGGAAGAUGUGUUCAUUUCUAUAUAUGUAGAAAUAUAUAAAAAAAAUGAAAAUGAAGAGUAUAAGCUUAUAUCUUCGUCAGCUCCAAGUAUUAUAAAUAAUUCUACAAUUUUCGAAAAAAAAAAUGAGAAAAAAAAAAAAAAAAAAAAAAAAAAUUGUGAAAUGGAAAAUAACAAUAAACAUAAUGUAAUAGAUAAAAUUAGCUGUUCUGAGAACGAUCUUAAAAAGACAGAAAAAGAUUUACCAUUUAGUAAAAAAGGAAAAAAAUUAAAAAUAAAUAUAAUAAAUGAAUAUUUAAAUAUAUGUAAUAUAAAAAUUAGACAUAAUGAAAUAUUUGAAACAUUUAAUUUAUAUAUCGAAGGUAAAAUUGUAAUAAGAGCUUUAGUAUCUUAUAGUUAUCAUUCGGAGGAUAUAUUAUUGGGUAAACAUUAUUUUAAAAUAAAAAAUAUAAUAAAUCAAAAUAAAGAUAUAUAUUACUGUGCUGAACGUUUAUUUUAUCCAAUUUUUGAAUCUAAUUUUAUAUCUAAUUUGGAUAAAAAAAAUAAAGGAAUUAAUAUAUUACAUAAUAAUAUAAUAAAUAACGAUUUGGCAAAUGAUCAAAAUAGUUGUAAUUGUAUAGAUGUAAAUAAAUGUAAAGAAAAUAAAGAUUUGGAAAUAUGUAAAUCAUGUUCAAAAAAUAUUAUAGGAUAUAUUUCAUAUCAAUAUGAAAUAGAUAAAAAUAAUAUAUUUAAAGAAAGAGAAAAAAUAUCAAAAAUAGUGAUUCCUAAUUUUGUGAAAAUAUAUUUUGUAAAUAAAAAUUAUGAAAAUAAUAAUUAUAAUGAUGAAAUAAAUGAUGAUCUUCUUAUAAACAGAAUUUAUGAAGUAAUGUUUAGUGAUAUAAUAAAAAAUGUAAAAUAUAAAAAAUUUGUGAAUUUAGAAAUAUUUUUAAAUGCUUUAAAGAAAUGUAAAUAUAGUAAUUAUAUAAAAUAUUUUGAAUUUUAUUUUUCUAAUUUUAUUAAUUAUAAUAAUUCAUUAUAUUUUUCUAUAAAAAGUAUAUUAUUAAUAUUAGCAAUUAAAGAGUUGUCUUAUAAUUUUGUUCAUUUUUUACAUAUUUUUUUUCAUGAAAUAAAUAAAUAUAUUUUUAAUGUUAGUGAAGUUGGAAUAGUUCAAUCUGCUUAUUUUAUAAAUUGUGUUUUAAUAUCUCAAAAUAAAGUUCUAAAAAAUAUAGAAUAUGAAAAUAAAAUAAACAAAAAACAAGAAAAAAAUGAAAAUGGGUGUGCAAAUAAAUAUGAUCAAAUAGUUGAAAAAUCUUUUUCGUCAGAUAUUUAUGUAGACAAUGAUUUGAGUUCCUCUUCAUUUGUGAAAAUAAAUCAACAGAAAAAAGAAAAAAUUGGGUUAAAUCAAAAUGAUUGGUCUAUCAUACAUAAUUGGACAAAAUGGCUAGUUCAAUAUGAACAAAAAAAAAAAAAAUUUUUUUUUUUUUAUCUUUUUUUAAAUGACAUUAUUUCAUUUUAUGAAGAAAAAAAGGAAAAAGAAAAGGUGAAAAAAAAGGGGGAAAAAAAGGAAAAGGGAAAAAAAGAAAAAAAGCAAAGACAUGCCUUUUCUUUGAUGUAUAAUAACUGUAUUGAUGUAAUUAAAAAAUCGCCUAUUUUCAAAAAAGAUGAUACUCCAAAAUUGGCUAGUCAAAAUAUAAUGAAUAAUAAAGAAGACGAUGUGGGAAAAAAAAACGAAAACAUUUUAAACGCAAAUGGAAAUAAUAAUAUAGUGGAAACACAGAUAGAGGAUGAAGCCAAGAUAAAAGACGAAGCCAAGAUAAAGGAUGAAGCCAAAAUAAAAGACGAAGCCAAGAUAAAAGACGAAGCCAAGAUAAAAGGCGAAGCCAAGAUAAAAGACGAAGCCAAGAUAAAAAGCGAAACAGAUAUAAAAAUGAAUGCAUAUAUUAAAGGGAGACACAAAAUAAAUAACUUAUUUUGUGAAAAAAAAACAGCUUUAUACAAAUAUAAUGAUAUAAAAAAUUAUGAUCGAAAUAAAUGGAACACUUUUAGGCAACAUCUUAAUAACAAACACUUGAUAAUAGACAAAACCAAAUGUAGGUUUGUGAAAAAUAUGAAUAAUGAGAAAGAUGGAAGAAAUGAGAGUGGUAAAUACAAAAUAUAUUUAAAAAUAAAAAGAAUUAAGUAUUCAUUUCCUCUUAUAAAUAACAAAAAGAUAAAUAUAUUUGUAUCAUUACAAAUUGUAUUAAAUAAUUACAAAUUAUUAAAAAAAAAUGGAGUGUUUCCAUAUAUAUUAAAUAAUGAUGAAAAUAAUUAUAUAAUAAAUAAAAUUCAAAAAAAAAGUUCUGUUUUUUUUUGUGACAAUUAUUUUUCUUUUAAAUAUUCUUCAAUAUUAUUAUUACCAAGUAUUAAUGAGCUUAGAUCAAUAUUUUCAAAAAAUAAUGAAGAAACUUAUUUAUAUGAUUUAAAAUUCUAUUUAAACAAUUUUUCUGUACAAAUAUGUUUUUAUAAAGCUGAUGAAAAUGCAUCUAACGUUUUGAAUUUUGACAUUCCUGACAAUGAUAAUAAUUUAGUUCAAAAUCAUCUUUACAAUGCAAGUAAAUAUUUAAAAAACAAACAAAAUAAAAUCGACUUAAUAAAUAAUCAAGUUAAUCAAUUAGGAAAAUACAAAAAUGUUUUAGAAUAUACAUAUGAACAGAUUGGUUCAAAUAAGGAACAUCUUUUAAUUGCAAAAUCAAUUAUUCCACUAUCUAUUCUUUUAAAAAAAAAAAAAACAAAAAUUCAUGUUCCUUUAAUUUUUUCACCAUUUAUUACAACAUAUGUUAAUAAAAACGAAAUCGAAGUCAUUUUAAAAUAUGAAAAAGAAAAUGAAAAAGAAAAUGAAAAAGAAAAUGAUGAAAAGGAACAUGAUGAAAAGGAACAUGAUGAAAAAGAAUAUUUGUCACAUUUUAAUAGUACAGACAAUUAUUUAAGAAAUUAUCAUAACUUAUCUAGUUCGUUAAAUACAAUACAAAAAAUGGAUACCAAUAAUUUUUGUGAUAUUCCUUACAUACCCAAGCUUAAAAAAACAAAACUAAAUUUGACUAAAGAUAGAAAAUUUCCUAUUUCUAAAAAUUAUGUAUAUGAUGAGCAUUCUAAUAUACAACUUAUGUUUGUUCCAAAAAUUCCACCUCCAAUUUCUUAA